GGCUACUGUACCGGUACUCAUAGUUCACUCGGUGGCAAAGCUAGCUAGUUCCGAAGAGCCAGGAAUGCAGCAAACUUUGCAUCAUUGGUUACAUGCAUGAUGGGAAUGAAAUUCACCACAGAUGCCGAAUGCCUUUUUGAUUUUGGUGAUCAUUGUGUAUCAUAAAACCAAAUCCGAAGCCAAAGCCAAAGCAAAAGAAACACAACACAACACAAAACAAUGACAGCAAUCUUCCAGGCCGCACAAGAAAGAGCAACUACCGGUGCCAUGCGACGUGCAGGAUUUCCCACCAAGAAACCAACCAAGGUUGCACCAGUCAACGCACCAUGUGCCGCAAAGCAGAUUGAAAGUCCCCCCACAAAGAUUGAAGGCACAAAGCAGAUUGAAAGCCCCACAAAGAAGAGUGCUGAAAGUCCCAAGAAGAAGAAGAAGUCUCUGAUGGCUGCUUUCAUUGCAUCAUACCUCAAGGGAGCCGAGAUGCGGGCGACAGCUGGAGCACGUCGCCGUCGUCGUUGA